AUGGCUCAAAAUCGGCAUUGGGAACAAGACAAAGAUGCCACCGUCUACAUAGGCAACAUAGACGAGCGCGCCGACCCAGCCAUGGUCUACGAGAUCAUGCUCCAGAUGGGCCCCAUCCACAACAUCCACAUGCCGCGCGACCGCGUAACCCAGAACCACCAGGGCUUCGGCUUCGUCGAGUUCCGUACGCCCCUCGACGCCGAAUACGCUGCCAACGUCAUGAACGGCGUCAAGCUCUACGGGAAAUCCCUGCGCGUCAAUAAGGCGUCCGCCGACAAGCAGAAGCAAGCCGAGGUGGGAGCCGAGCUGUACAUCGGGAACCUAGACCCCGGGGUCGACGAGAAGCUUUUGUACGAUACGUUUUCGAGGUUCGGGCCGUUGUUGUCGAUACCGAAGGUGGCGAGGGAUGAUUCCGCCCAGUCUAAGGGUUUCGGGUUUGUUUCGUACGCCGACUUCGAGAGCUCGGAUGCAGCGAUUGCCAAUUUGAAUGGGCAGUAUAUUCUCAGCAAGGAGGUUUCGGUGCAGUACGCUUUCAAGAAGGACGGUCGCGGAGAGAGGCACGGUGAUGACGCGGAGAGAGAACUUGCGAAACAGGCCAAGAAGCGUAAUCUCGUCCCCGAAGCCGCUGCUAUCCCCGCCGCUUUCCUCAACGCCCCGCCUGCGGCUCCUGCACCCGCUGCUGUCCCUCAGAUCCCCUCCCGCCUCCCGGCCGCGGCUCCCGCUGCUGGCUUCGACGCUUCCUCCAUGCCCAGCGCGCCGGGAAUUCCAGCUGGCAUGCCUCCCCCACGCAUACCAGCUGGUUUCAACGUCCCCUCGCGGGGUGGCCCGCCUCCUCCUGGUUUCCCGGCCCCCAUACCAGGCCACCCACAAGCAAUUCCUCCGCACGGCUUGCAAGCAGGCCGUGGUGCCACUGUUCUCCCUCCCGCGCCGUCGGGUCUCCCUGCGCGUCCUCCGCAGGGCCAGAGAGGUUACACGAACCCCGCGGACUUCCACCCCGGUUCGUAUCGUACUCCUCCCCCGGGAGGGGCUGCUGCUCCGCCACCACCACCUGGGUUCACCCCGCCUCCCGGGUUCGGUCCGCCUGGCACCGCUCCUGGUGCUCCUCCCGGUGCGCCGCCUGGGUUCAUGCCACCGCCUCCUGGGUUUCAACCACCUCCGGGCUUUUCACGGAGGUAA